CAAUUCGUGUUGUGGUUACGUCACACUCCUGCGACACGUCCACCUUCUGGCAAUUUCAAUGACAGUUUGCAUCCAUUUCUUGUGCGUUUCUUUGAGUUUAACCGUAAAGUGACGACCAUGCACAGAGCAGCUCUCAGCACGAUGAUCCGCAGGUGUUCACAGCGCAGAGUUCCCCUGCAGCUGAGCUCACGUGCUUACGGUGUAGUCCCGCCCCCACGCGACAGUGAGGAGAAGGAGAUGUUGGACCAAAUGCUGCGCGUGGACCACGCUGGUGAAUACGGAGCCAACCGCAUCUACGCCGGCCAGAUGGCGGUGUUGGGACGAUCCAGUAUUGGACCUCUCAUCCAGGAAAUGUGGGACCAAGAAAAGAAACACCUAGAGAAAUUCAAUGAGAUUCUGGCUGAGAACAGAGUUCGUCCCACAGCGCUGUUACCCCUCUGGAAUAUUGCUGGAUUUGUAUUAGGUGCUUCCAGUGCACUACUGGGAAAAGAGGGGGCCAUGGCCUGCACGGUGGCGGUGGAGGAAAGUAUUUCCGAGCACUACAACAGCCAGAUAAGAGCUCUGAUGGAAGUUGACCCUGAGAGAUACACUGAACUGUUACAAGUCAUAAAGGAAUUCAGAGAUGAUGAGAUGGAGCAUCAUGAUACAGGAUUGGAGCAUGAUGCUGAAUCAGUUCCUGGAUACUGGCUACUAAAAAAUGCAAUACAGCUUGGCUGCAAAGCUGCAAUAUAUGUUUCUCAGCGUGUCUAACAUUAUAUUUACAAUAAUUGAAAAUUUGCUCCACUGUUUGAUAUGUUGACUCAGUUUGUAUAAAUGAUUUGAAUUUGAAUUUGAAUCCUGCUCCAUUGUAAAUGAAAACACUUUAAAGUAUUGUAUACAAACUUCAUUCAAAAUGAAGUUGCCUACAGGAAGCAAAAUUGUACUUCUCUGUAAAGUGUAUGAUACACAGAAUGUUUAAAUCAGAGGAGGUUACUCUUCCUGAUUAAAUAGCAGAUCUCUACACUGUUGUC